CUCCGAAACUGUCAGAAAUUUCAAAACAAAGAUGACAGGCUUCUGAUGCAGAUUUCCCCUAUGUAGACUAUUAAUCGUUUAUUUAACUUUAACUCUGAAUUUUCUAAUCCAUUCAGUUAACAAAUCUUAAUUUCAACAGAUUUAUGACCAUAUUUGUGUCAAUAGAGAAUUGUAGCAGUACAAAUUUAUAGAUUAUAAAAAUGUCCUUAGGCUUAGACGAUAAGUUACUUGGUGAAAAGGUAGACAACUACUGCAGUAGUGAUGAAGGGGAGAGAGAUGACGACAGUGAUGAUGAACCAAGAUCAACAGAAGCAGUACAACCAACUUUUGUACCAGAACCAGAGAUCAAAGAAUACAAUGGAUACUCUACAAAUACUGGUCCUAAAGGAGUAAUCAAUGACUGGAGGGAAUUCAAAAGGUUGGAAACAGAGAAGAAGGGGGAACAAGAAAGAGAAAGACAAGCAUUAUUGAAGAAACUCUCUAUGUCUUGUAGAUCACAUCUUGAUGAUGAGAGAGAAAAACAGAAGGAUGAACAAUUUAUGGAACAAAUGGAAAGAGAAAUGGAUGAGAUUGAAGAAGAAUUCAUGAAACAGUAUAGAGAAAAAAGAAUAGAAGAAAUGAGAAAAGCGUUGCAAAACGUACCAAAGUUUGGUGGAGUUGUGCCAUUAAGUUCCAAUGAUUUUGUUGAUCAAAUAGACAAAGAAAACCCACAAGUUUAUAUUAUUGUUCAUGUAUAUGAAGAUAGAAGCAAAGCAUGCAAAACCAUGAAUGGAUGUUUAGAAAGUUUAGCCCAGGAAUAUCCAACUGUGAAAUUUUGUAAAAUUAGAGCCACAGAAACUAAACUGAGUAUGAAAUUUGCCAAGGAUGGUGUUCCAGCAUUGUUGAUAUAUAAGGGAGGUGAUAUGAUAGGAAACUUUAUAAGAAUCUCUGAUGAAUUAGGUGACGAUUUCUUUUCCUCUGACGUUGAGAGUAUAUUAGAAGAACACAGUUUCCUACCAAAUAACGAUGUUAUAAAUAAAUGUAUUAAAGACAAAACAACAGGAGAGAAAAGAUCUGUACUAGCUGAAGAUGAUGAUACUGAUAGUGAUUUUGAUAUCGAUUGAUAUCAAAGGAAAGAUAACUCAAGACGUGAAGCUAACAACUCUGAGGAUAGGAUGUCUCAGAUUGAAAUAUCAGUGUCUGCAGCAUUCUAUAAACCAACUUAUUUUCAUGAAUAUUUCAUUUCACAUUUUACCAUUUUAAGUCCACUUAGCUGCUAUUAAGUUUUGGGAUUUUCAAAUUUACUUGUAGUUUAAUAAGGAAUGAUUCUAGUUUAAAAUAUUUGCGGCAAUUUAUAUUCACGAAAGUCGCAAAAAUAAAUCGCUCACGAAAAUAAGUCACCUACGAAAAUAAGUUGGUUUACAAUAAUUAUGUGUUGAUCCUCUUACAAAAAAACCCAUUGUUAAAAUUUUGUAUACUGCUAGACAGUUAAAGAUUGAAUUUGAUGUAUGAUUUUAUUAGUUAAUUAUAUAACAUGUUAUAGUGUUAUGUUUACUUUCAGUUACAUUGAUAUGCACAGUAGAAUAAUGAAUUCAGUAAGGCAAAAUACAAUCUGUUAAAGGAAAAACAGGUCUGUUCCAAAUUAUUUAUGUGCAAUUAAUUUGAGUCACUUUGAAGUCGCUCCUUUUAUUAUGUGAACUAGGUUCUAAUUUAGUCUUCUUUAUGAAAUGCUACAAAUUAAGAGAAUAAUGGAAUAUUUUUUAUCAAUUUUCAUUAUUGAUGGAUUAUUAAGAUUUGUAUCACAUUUGGCUAGUUAAAUUCUAUUGCAAAGUAUAAAUAAAAGAACUGCAUCUAUCAACAACACGGCCAGUUUUCAAUUAUUUGCAAUGAAAAAUGUAUCAAUAUAUAGUCAAUAUAUAUAAACAAUGUUAGGUCCAUCCCUUUAAUUUUGUGGGCUGUUUGAAAUACACACAUUUUCCAAAUUUAUUAAGUUUCAAAUAAAUCAUUUUGAUUGAAUAAAAUACUGUUUAAACUAUAAAACUAAAAGAAAUUUGUCUUAUUAAAGUGUGAAUGAACUUAGUAUCUUUCUGUAAUUGUAGAUAAAAUUAACUGUUAUAGAUGUUCAUUGUACGAGCUUUAGUCAUUGUUUUCAUUUCACAAGUGAAACUAUUUAAUUUGGGAUGUAUAAAUAUUUAUAGAGAAUACUUAUAAGAAUAGAACCUUCACAUAGGUUUUUAAAUUAGUUUACAGAAUAAUAAGGUUUCCAAGUUAUUUCUCUAUAGGUAUUUAUACACAUAAUGUGCAAUAUUUUGUAAAAUUAUUUAAUAUUUUUAGCUUUUUUCAUGUAUUAUCUUUAUAUCUAUUGUAUAAUGGUUUUAGAUGACAUAUUUAGGGAAAAGAGUAACCAGGGAUACCUUGUUAUAAUUAAAAUUAUUCAAAAAUGAAACCAGUAUAAAUAUUGAUGUUUUGCUAAUUGAUAUGAUUUUUUACCUCAAAAUUACAUGUAUUGCUUGUACCUAUGCUGUUUACAGAUUUAUCCAUAUAGAACAGCUGGUUAAGUAUUUAAAGUCAAUGUUUAUAUGCUUUUAUUAGUGCAAGAAUUAUCCAAAUUGGUAUGUAAGAGAACCCAUUAAGGGAGACAAUUUACUAAAUUUAAAAGGGAGAUGAUUUACAAAAACAUGAAAAAGGCAGUUAAUUUACAAAAUUUGAAUGGGAGAUUAUUUACAAAAAGGAGUCAUCCUCAACAUUCAUGUUUCAUAUUUUCAUAUUUAUUUCAAAAUCAUUAAAGGAAAACAGUUUAUGUGACAGAACUAAAAUUAUUUAUGAAAAUUUAUAUUUAGAAUUAACAUAUAUUAUCAAUGUCGUCUUUUUACUUUUCCUAGAUUUAUUUGGAGAUUGACUAUUUUUUUCAAAGAGUUCUUAUGAAUAUCAGACUUUUAUAUACAUCUAGGCUUUGAAUUAUUAAACAGGUCAGAGCAGAAGGGAAAUUUUCACUGACACUGGUUUUUGUAGUAUAUAUGUUUUUUUAAAGGCUAAAUCUGUAAAACUGAGGUAAAUAUAUUAUGUGAUAAUGUAUGAAAUCAAACUCAUGUUGUUAGUGAACAAUUUUUUAAAUAAACAUGUAAAAACAAAUGUUA